UGUAGUGUUGUGUCACGUGCUAGGAACUGAAGUUUGUGUUUGGGUAGUGAUGGGAGUGUAACGGAUGACGGUUAAACAAUAGAUUGGCGCUUUAUAAGGAAGAAGAACCAUGACAUCAAGUAGUUCUGAUGAAGUUACUUAUUCAAACCAGAAUUCCGUGGCUCCUAAAUUAACUAAUCCUGGCAAUCCGAAACAAGCAGCGUUUGCUGUUGGUGGAAUAUUCAUUAUUUCAUGUUUUGCAUUAAUUUAUUUGUAUGCAAACUUCCCAGAACUUGAAGUGCAAGAGAAACCUCAUAUUAAAUUACCAAGGGAUAUAGAAGAUGCAAAACAAUUAGGUCGGGUGCUAGAUAAAUACAAGGACCGAUACUUUAUAGAAGUGCUAGGUGCUGUUUUUGUGACUUACCUUUUCCUCCAAACAUUUGCAAUUCCAGGGUCAAUAUCUCUCUCAAUACUGUCUGGAUUUCUGUUUCCAUUUCCUGCAGCACUACUACUGGUGUGCUUCUGCUCUGCUACUGGUGCUACUAUGUGCUACAUUUUAUCCCAUUUUUUAGGGCGUCCUUUAAUUCAUAAAUACAUGCCAGAACGAGCUGCAAAAUGGUCUGCUACGGUAAAUAAGCAUCGUGAAAAUUUGCUGAAUUACAUAUUAUUUCUGCGAAUAACGCCUUUUUUACCAAACUGGUUUAUCAACAUAGUUUCACCUGUGAUAGGGGUCCCCAUAGUUCCUUUCUGGCUGGGGACAUUUUUGGGUGUGGCACCACCUUCUUUUGUGGCUAUUCAGGCUGGCCAGACUUUGUACAAGUUAUCUGCCUCAAGUGAUGCCUGGUCAUGGACUUCGGUUAUCCUACUAGCAGCUUUCGCUGUUCUCUCACUGGUGCCUGUCAUCCUGAAGCAGCGAUUAAGAGAGAAGCUUGAAUAAUUAAAACACAUUCCAAAUGGACAUUUUAUGAUUGUGCUAGGUUGUCUUGUGGACAACCUGUACUUGGUGAAACAUUUAAAGUGCACUGGUGCAGGAAUUUCCGAAUUCGAUCUAUGCAUAUGUUUGUCUCCAAAUAUAAAUUAGUUUCAACAUUA